AUGAGCCGGCAAUGUGCGCUUGCAGCCCUGAAGGCCAGCCAUCUCCUGCGCUGCAUCAAAAGCAGUGUGACCAGCAGGGGGAGGGAGGUGAUUAUGCCGCUCUACUCCACUCUAGUAUCAAUGGCACGUGGAAUACCAAACUUGAUAAAUGCUAUACGAAUGAUUCACAGUGUUUCGAGAUAUUACAAUACUUCUGAGAGAAUGACAUCAUUGUUUAUAAAGGUUACAAAUCAAAUGGUUACAACAUGUAGAGCAUAUAUUACAGAUGGUGGCUUGUCUCGUGUCUGGGAGCAGAACACAUCAACAGUCAUUGGAAAAAUUAAGGACUGCAUGUUUCUAUUGAAAGAAUAUCAGAAAUGCUUUCAGGAAACAAAGCAAGAGAUUUUCAAAACUCAAGGAGAAAAGACAUUUGAAAUAUCAGAAACGUACAUUUUUGGAAAAUCUGAAGCUUUUUUCAGGAGAUUAGAAAAAAUUACAGAGGUGAUAACUGUAGGACAAACUUUUUGUUCACAGUCUACCAUCGAAGCGAUAGAUAUUAUGGCAGUAAAAUUCAAAAAUAUCUACCAAAGUGUUAAGAAGAAACAAUAUGACAUCCUUGAUCCACAAAAAACAGAAUUUGAUGUGGAUUUUGUGAACUUCAUGGCAAAAAUUGAAGGUUUAGAGGUACAGAUACAGACAUUUAUGCGUACCUGUUUUGGGAGAAUUUUGUCUUCACAGCAUGCACUCCAGUUACUUCAAAGGUUUCAAAAUCUGAGAAUGCCAUGCCUUCAGGAAGAAAUAGUACACACAGUUGGUUGUAUUCUUCAACAUUAUGCAGUAGAACUUGAAGCUACUAAAAAGCUUUACAAAAUUCAGAAAGAUGACCCUCCUCUUGCUCGAAACAUGCCACCCAUUGCAGGAAAGAUACUUUGGGUCAGACAGCUGUUCAGGAGGAUAAAUGAACUGAUAAGCUAUUUCCAUAAAAAGUCAAAUAUCUUGGCAAGUCCAGAAGAUAAAGAUGUUGUUCGAUUAUACAACAGAAUUGCCUAUGUAUUGGUGAAAUUUGAGGUAGUCUAUCGAUGGAUGAAGGAAAUUUCACAAUUACAAUACCCCUUGCAAGCCACAAUAUUUGCAUGUCAUCCUAAAACUGGGAAGUUCCUGGUUAACUUUGAUCCCCAGAUUCCAGAGAUUGUCUGAGAGACCAAAUGUAUGAUCAAGUUGGGUCUGGAAGUACCAGAGCAAGCAAAAAAGAUAGUAAAAAUAGAAAAUAACCUGAAGUCAAACAAGUUGCGUUUAGAGAUGGAAGCUGUGUUGAGGCAAGGACUUACCAAGUUGACUUGGUCAUCUGUGACACUGGAAAGUUUCUUUGAAGAAGCUGAUCAAUUUCUGUGUAUGUUUAAAUGGUUUUUGAAAAAGGUUAGUGAUUUAAGUGAAGUGCAGAUUGAUUUAAUAUUAAAAGAAAUAUCAAAUACACUUUUAAUUGUCUUACCAGAUGGUCCUAUGAAAGUAGAGAAUAUACUGACCUGCAAUGAGACUUACACUAAAGAAUGUGCUGAGUUAUUAAACUACAAAAGCAUGCUCAUUGAAGAUGCUGUUCAAGAACUAAUAUCUGUAUUUGAAGAGAAUGAUGAAAUUAAAUAUUCUAAGAAAACCUCAGAAAAACAUGUAUUACCAGUAAAAGAGAAACAUGUAGUCUUUGGAAAUAAUGAAGAGGAGAGAGAAAAGAAUACUUCUGCAGCUCUUUGUGGUGAUAAUAGCAAGGGCAGUGAUAAAGAAGAGUUUAAAAAGAGAUGUAAAGAGAUGGUUGCGUAUUUCAGUCACCAGAUGCUAGACAGCCUCCAGAAAGCCACCCAGCUGUCUUUGGAUAGUCUUAAAAAAGGAAUAUUUCUUUCACCCAAAACUGCAUUUGGGAGAACAAAGUUUUCUGUUCAUCCAAGCAAAUCUGAAGAGGUAGCUUCUUUUAUAAAAGCAGAAGUACACCUUGCUAUUCCCAAUAUGGUAAUGGUUCCUAGUUUAGAUGAUAUACAGCAAGCCAUCAAUCGCACAAUUCAUUUGAUCUUGGAAGUAAGUCGUGGAGUUGCUCAGUGGGGACAGAGACAUUUGCAAAAAUCUAGUUUAAGAGCAGAAUCAGGCACACGGCAAGUGUCUUCAGCACACUUUGGAUCACCAGGAAAAAUAGCCAAAAAGAGGGAAAAUGUUGUGCUUGCCAGAAAGCUAAGAAAUUUUUACUCAGGUGUUGCAGAACAUGAAGAUAUUUCUAAAUUAGUUUUGCUCCUCUCUUCUUUGGUGAAUUCUAUAAGAGAAGCAGCUAGUGAAGUUCUGCAGGACUUUCAGAAAUAUGAGGUGCUGUGGACAGAAGAUAGAGAUGCCAAAAUUCAGCAAUUUUUGGCCAGCUGCCCAUCUCUGACUGAAAUUAAAGAAAUACUUCACUAUACUAUAUUUGAGGAAGAGGUGGAAGAUAUAAAACCCAUUAUUCCUCUUGGUCCAAUUGAAUUGCAUACAGGACCACUGAAAAUAGCACUAGCAGUUGAAGCCAAAGCCUGGAAGAUGCUCCUCUGUCGCUAUUUAAAUGAGGAAUAUAAAAAGAAAAUGACAGACAUGACAUCAUUCAUAACUGAAUAUUUAAAGAAAUUGUCUCAACCUCUGUGUGACUUAGAUGACUUCAGAUUUGCAAUGGAAGCUUUAUCUAUCAUACGUGAUAAUGAAAUACAAAUGGAUAUGGCUCUGGGACCUAUUGAAGAAUCCUAUGCCAUUUUAAAUACAUUUGAAAUUGAGGUUACAAAAGAGGAAUCAGAAGGAGUAGAUACACUCAGAUACCCUUUUAAUAAAUUACAGACCAAAGCUACCAGAGUUCAAGAGAAGUUGGUUCAAGUUCAGCCCAAAUUUAAGAGUAAUUUUAUAGAAUCAGUUGCAGUUUUUCGGGAGGAUGUGUCAAACUUUGAAAUGUCAUAUGAAAUGGAAGGACCUAUGGUUCCAAGUAUUCCACCUCAGGAAGCCAGUAAUAGGCUACAGAUCUUUCAGGCUAACUUUGACGAGCUGUGGAGAAAGUUUAUCAUAUACUCAUCUGGUGAACAGUUGUUUGGAUUGCCUGUCACAGACUAUGAAGUUUUGCAUAAAGUCAGGAAGGAGUUAGGCUUGCUUCAGAAAAUGUAUGGAUUAUAUGAUACUGUAAUUAACAAUAUCAAUGGUUAUUAUGAGAUACUUUGGACAGAUGUAGAUAUUGAAAAAAUUAAUGCUGAACUUCUGGAUUUUCAAAACAGGUGCUGUAGACUACACUGGCAAGCGUUUUUAGAUCUCAAGAAAAAAAUUGAUGAUUUUAGUGAGUCUUGUCCAUUGUUGGAAAUGAUGACUGACAAAGCGAUGAAGCAAAGACACUGGAAUUGUAUUGCUGAAACAACAGGACAUCAAUUUGAUAUAGAAUCUGAUUCCUUUUGCCUUCGACACAUCAUGGAAGCACCAAUUCUUAAAGAAGAUAUUGAGGAUAUAUGAAUAUCUGCUACAAAGGAAAAGGAUAUAGAAGCCAAACUAUCUCAAAUAGCUGAAAUUUGGGGAAGCCAAAUUCUGAGCUUUUCAUCGUUCAAAGGGAGAGGAGAGUUACUGUUAAAAGGAAAUGAAUCAUCAGAAAUUAUAAUGUUGAUGGAGGACAGUUUAAUGAUUCUUGGCUCUUUACUGACCAAUAGAUACAAUGCACCAUUUAAAAAAGAAAUUCAGGUCUGGAUUUAUAAACUAAGCAGCUCUACAGAGAUAACUGAAGAAUGGUUGGUUGUGCAGAACCUCUGGAUUUAUCUUGAAGACGUUUUUGUAGGGGGAGAUAUCACAAAACAUUUACCCCAGGAAACAAAGCAUUUUCAGAAUAUUGACAAAUCAUGGAUAAGAAUAAUGCAACGAGCUUGUGAAAACCCAAAUGUAAUUAACUGCUGUGUCAGAGAUGAGACUAUGGAGCAACUUCUCCCACAUUUACAUGAACAGUUGGAAUUGUGUCAGAAAUCAGUUACAGGAUACUUGGAGAAGAAAAGACUUCUGUUUCCUAGAAUUUUUUUUGUUUCUGAUCCUGCCCUUCUUGAAAUUCUUGGACAAGCAAGAGAUUCACAUACAAUUCAGCCACAUCUGCCUUCUAUAUCUGACAAUAUAAAUGAAGCAGACUUCCACCCAAAGGAUUAUGAUCACAUAAUGGGAGUCGUAUCAAGAGAAGGAGAAAAAAUUCGGUUGGACACUCCAGUGAUUGCAAAAGGACCAGUAGAACUUUGGUUGCAGGAUCUGUUGCGUGUGCAGCAGAUUUCAUUGCAUGGCGUAAUUAGGGCAGCAUAGUACCAAAUUAGUGACCCAGCAUAUCAGUUGCUGAAUUUUCUUAAUCAGUUCCCAGCACAGGUUGGAUUACUGGGCAUUCAGAUGUUGUGGACACCUGAUUCAGAAACAGCUCUACAGAAUGCUAAAGAGGACAGAAAAAUCGUGCAAGUAACCAAUGGGAGAUUUAUGGAGAUUCUUAACAUGUUCAUUAGCCAGACCACGCAACAUCUUUCCAAGUUUGACAGAGUGAAAUUUGAAACACUUAUUACCAUUCAUGUGCAUCAGCGUGAUAUUUUUGAUGAUUUGUUAAAAAUGCACAUCAAAUCACUGACUGAUUUUGAAUGGUUAAAGCAGUCUAGAUUCUACUCUAAAGAGGAUUUUUAUCAAGUGUUGGUAUCCAUUACAGAUGUUGGUUUCAUUUACCAAAAUGAAUUUCUGGGUUGCACUGAUCGUCUGGUUAUAACACCUCUUACAGACAGAAGAUGUAGAACUGCUGCUGUGACAACAUGGAAAGUUCAGUACAUUUCUGCAGUGAACUGUACUGCCCUCAACAAUCAAGAAAUUUUGAUGCAAAAUGUUAAAUUCUACCCCAAACUUUGCCUUGAAGAGCAGGCUCAGCAAACUGUGUUCUCUCACCCUCUCCCUCUGUGUUACGUCCUCCAGCCGCUGACCAUCAUGGCAACCAUCUGCUGGCCUCAUGCAAUAUAUCAAUGUCUCUUCUCUAUUGGUCUUGCACAGUCCGGAUUUUGGGGAUGUUUUGAUGAAUUCAACCGAAUUGAGUUGCCUGUCUUAUCAGUAGCAGCACAACAAAUCUAUAUUAUUUUAACAGCAAGAAAAGAAAGAAAAAAGCAGUUCAUUUUUUCUGAUGGUAACUGUGUAAAUUUAAAUCCAGAGUUUGGAAUUUUCCUAACAAUGUCUAUUAAUCUUCUGGAGGGUUUGAUUCCAUCAAAAGAAGAAGGUGGUUUAUCAACUAUACUUCAUCUGCAUAAAUUGUUCUGCUUCGCAAUAAUGUGGAGUUUAGGUGCCCUUCUGGAGUUGAACAGUAGAGAUAAACUUGAAGCCUUCAUUAGAGCUCGUGAUAACAAAUUAGAAUUGCCAGAAAUCUCCCCUGGCACCAAUCAAAUGAUGUAUGAAUUUUAUGUUACUGAUUAUGGUGACUGGGAGCACUGGAGUAAAAGAGUUCAGGAAUACAUUUAUCCAACAGACGAUAUCCCAGACUAUGUGUCUAUUCUGGUUCCGAAUGUUGACAAUGCCAGAACUCAGUUUUAUAACACAAUUACAAAACAACAGAAAGCAGUUUUGCUCAUAGGAGAACAGAGGACUGGAAAGACAGUCGUGAUUAAGGCAUGUAUGAAGCAAUACAACCCAGAAGAGCAUUUGUCAAAAUGUUUAAACUUUUCAUCUGACACAGAACCUUUUAUGUUUCAGCAAGAUGAAAAAAAAAAGAUAUGCAACAGAAUUCACAACUUUCAUUCAUGUAGAAAAUUCAACCCUGAAGUAUGUGAUAUGGUGAAAAAAUUGGUCCCAACAGGCAGAAUAUUGUGGCAGUGGACAAAGACAAAGAUGCUGCCUACACCAUCUAAAUUCCACUAUAUCUUCAACCUUCAAGACCUUUCUACAAUUUGGCAAGAAAUGUUAACUAUAAAGGCAGAAGAAUGCAACAACAGCACGGUCCUCCUAACACUUUUUAAACAUGAAAGUACCAGAGUAAUUGCUGACAGAUUUAUUACUCCUGAAGAUACAGCCUGGUUUGAUAAAACUGUUACUAAAGCAAUCGAGGAAUAUGUCAGUACAGGCUUAACAGAAGUUCUCCAAGCUGAACCAUAUUUUGUAGACUUUUUGCGGGAGAUGCCUGAACCAACUGGUGACGAACCAGAAGAUUUUGUGUUUCAACUACCAAAAAUUUAUGAGGAGAUUCCAAGCUUUGAAUAUCUUGGUGAAAAAUUGCAAAUGUAUCAGAGACAAUACAAUGAAUGUAUUAGAGGAUCAUUUCUUGAUUUGUUGUUUUUUAAGGAUGCAAUGACACAUCUUGUUAAGAUUUCUCGGAUAAUUCGGACAGCGUAUGGAAAUGCUUUACUUGUUGGAGUUGAUGGUUCUGGAAAGCAAAGCCUUUCAAGAUUGGCCUGCUUUAUUGCAGGCUAUAAAAUAUUUCAGAUCAUUUUAACCAGAUCCUAUAAUGUAAGCAAUCUGUCAGAUGAUUUAAAGUUGUUGUAUAGAACAGCUGGAAUAGAAGGACAAGGUAUCACUUUUAUUUUCACUGAUAAUGAAAUAAAAGAGGAGUCAUUUUUGGAAUAUGUUAAUAAUCUGCUGUCUUCAGGCGAGAUUUCUAAUUUUUUUGCUCGGGAUGAAUUGGAUGAAAUCACCCAAGGAUUAAUGCCUGUGAUGAAAAAAGAGAUGACUCGGUGUCCUCCUACCUUUGAUAAUCUUUAUGAAUACUUUUUAACUCGGGCAAAGAAGAACUUGCAUGUUGUCCUCUGCUUUUCUCCAGUUGGUGAGAAAUUCCGUUCACGUUCUUUGAAAUUUCCUGGUCUCAUAUCAGGGUGCACCAUGGACUGGUUCAGUCAACGGCCCAAGGAAGAUCUUGUGGCUGUUGCCAGCUAUUUUCUUUCAGAAUUUAAUAUGGUCUGCUCUGCAACAGUUAAAACACAAGUAGUGGAAACCAUGGGUCUCUUUCAUGAUAUAGUUUCAGAAAGCUGUGAGAAUUAUUUCCAAAGGUAUUGGAGAAGAGCUUAUGUAACACCUAAAUCAUAUCUCUCUUUCGUCAAUGGCUACAAAGAAGUUUAUACUGAAAAGUUAGAGAGUAUUAAUGAACAAGCUGAACAUAUGCAAAUUGGUCUGUCUAAGCUGCUGGAGGCCAGUGAAUCUGUUGCUAAACUCUCUCAGGAGUUGGCCGUUAAGGAGAAGGAACUGGCUUUAGCAUCUAUUAAGGCAGAUAAAGUACUAGCAGAAGUCACAGAAAGUGCUGAAGCUGCAGCUAAAGUAAAAAAUGAAGUCCAGGGUGUGAAAGAUAAAGCACAAAAAAUCGUAGAUGAAAUUGAUUUGGAAAAAGCGAAAGCAAAGAGUGAACUGGAGGCAGCUAAACCAGCAUUAGAAGAAGCAGAAGCUGCACUGAAUACCAUCAAACCAGUGGAUAUCGCUACUAUUGGAAAACUUGCAAAACCUCCUCACCUAGUUAUGAGGGUCAUGGACUGUUGUCUGCUACUGUUCCAAAAGCAACUAAAUCCAGUUACCAUGGAUCCAGAAAAGCCUUGCUGCAAGCCAUCGUUGGGGGAAUCAUUAAAACUUAUGAGUGGCCCAUUCUUGCAGAGUCUACAGCAGUUUCCUAAGGAUUCAAUCAAUGAAGAGACAGUAGAAUUACUACAGCCUUACUUCAGAAUGGAGGACUAUACAGUGGAGCAUGGUAAAAAGGUGUGUGGUAAUGUGGCAGGACUCCUCUCUUGGACACAAGCCAUGGCAUCAUUUUAUGGUGUUAACAGAGACGUCUUACCUCUCAAGGCUAACGUGGCAAAACAGGAAGGCUACCUGAAAAUGGCUAAUGCAGAAUUAGCAAAGGCUCAAGAAGCCUUAGAUGAAAAGCAAGCUGAACUGGAUAAAGUGCAGGCAAAGUUUGAUGCAGCAAUGAAGGAGAAAAUGGACUUACUGGAUGAUGCAGAAACAUGCAGAAGAAAGAUGCAAGCAGCCUCUGCGCUUAUAGAUGGACUGAGUGGAGAGAAAGUUAUGUGGACUCAGCAAAGUAAAGAAUUUAAAUCUCACAUUAACAGACUUGCAGAUGUCCUGCUCUGCACAGAUUUUCUUUCAUACUGUGGACCUUUUAAUCAAAACUUCAGGCAGCUUUUGCUUAAAGAUUUAUGGGAAGCAGAGAUGAGAGCCCAUAAAAUCCCCUUUUCUGAACACUUGAACCUGAUUUCUAUGUUGGUAGAUCUGCCAACAGUAAGUUCUUGUGAGUGGAAUCUUCAAGGACUGCCUGGAGAUGAUCUCUCAAUUCAGAAUGGUAUCACUGUCACUAAGGCAGCUACAUACCCCCUUUUGGUAGACCCACAAACUCAAGGCAAAUGAUGGAUUAAAAAGAAAGAACAGGAUAAUGAAUUACAGGUAACAACUUUGAAUGACAAGUAUUUCCGUACACACCUAGAAGAUAGUCUUUCACUGGGACAAUCUCUUGUGAUUGAGGAUGUAGAGGAAGAGUUGGAUCCAGUCCUUGAUAAUAUAUUAGAAAAGAAUUUCAUGAAAUCUGGAUCUUCUUUUAAGGUGAAAGUUGGUGAUAAAGAAGUAGAUGUUAUGAGUUCAUUUAGACUGUACAUUACUACAAAGCUACCCAAUCCUGCUUUCACACCUGACAUUAAUGCAAUGACAUCAAUUAUUGAUUUUGGUGUUACAAGGAAAGGACUUGAGAAUCAGUUACUGAGAAGAGUAAUUCAUACUGAAAAACAGGAACUAGAGGCAGAACGAAUUAAACUCAUGGAAGAUGUAACUUUUAAUAAGAGGAAGAUGAAAGAACUGGAAGACAAUCUUCUGUACAAACUGAGUUCAACCAGAGGUUCACUAGUAGAUGAUGAAUCCUUGAUUGAUGUUCUGCAAACAACUAAGCAAACAGCUGCUGAAGUAGCUGCAAAGUUGUCUGUGGCAGCAGAAACUGAAGUGAAGAUUAACACUGCUCUGGAGGAAUAUCGACCUGCUGCUACACGUGGAAGCAUUCUAUAUUUUCUUAUUUCAGAAAUGAGCAUGGUCAAUAAUAUGUAUCAAACUUCACUGGCUCAGUUCUUGAAGUUAUUUGAUCAAUCCAUGGCCAAAUCUAAGAAGUCUCCUUUACCUCAGAAAAGAGUAUCAAAUAUUAUUGAGUAUCUUACCUUUGAAAUUUACUCAUAUUCUGUUAGAGGCUUGUAUGAAAACCACAAAUUCCUCUUUACCCUCCUCCUGACAUUAAAAAUUGAUCUUGAGAGAGGACAUGUGAAAAACAGAGAGUUCCAUGCACUCAUUAGAGGAGGUGCAGCAUUGGAUCUACAGUCUUGCCCACCCAAACCUUUCCACUGGAUUCUUGACAUGACAUGGCUAAACCUAGUGGAAUUGAGUAAACUCCCAACAUUUGCAGAAAUUUUGAACCAGAUAGCCUGUAAUGAAAAGGGAUGGAAAAGUUGGUUUGAUAAAGAUGCUCCCGAGGAAGAAAUUAUACCUGACGGAUAUAACGAUUCGCUUGAUACUUUUCGCAAGCUUUUACUCAUCAGGGCUUGGUGUCCAGACCGAAAGCUUUCCCAAGCCAGGAAAUAUAUUGCAAAUUCCUUGGAUGAGAAAUAUACAGAACCGGUCAUUUUGAAUUUAGAGAAAACUUGGGAGGAAAGUGACACACAAACACCUCUCAUCUGUUUCUUGUCUGUGGGAUCUGACCCAACUAUUCAGAUUGAUUCCUUGGCUAGGAAGCUUAAAUUAGAAUGUAGGACCAUCUCUAUGGGUCAAGGAUAAGAAGUUCAUGCACGCAAAUUCAUACAGUUGUCAAUGCAACAGGGAGGCUGGGUGUUACUUCAGAAUUGUCAUCUUGGACUGGAUUUUAUGGAUGAACUACUGGAGACACUUCUUACUGCUGAGAUACAGGAAGAGACGUUUCAAGUUUGGAUAACUACUGAACCACAUCCUAAAUUCCCAAUUACGCUGCUACAGGUUGCUAUAAAGUUCACAAAUGAACCUCCCCAAGGUGUACGUGCCAGUUUGAAAAGAACAUUUUCUGGAAUUAAUCAGGAUCUGUUAGAUGUUAGCAAUAUGCCUAUGUGGAAACCUUUGCUUUACACUGUAGCUUUCCCGCAUUCUACUGUUCAGGAACGACGCAAGUUUGGGCCUUUGGGUUGGAACAUUCCCUAUGAAUUUAACUCAGCAGACUUUAAGGCCAGUGUUCAGUUUAUACAAAAUCACCAAGACAACUGUGACAUCAAGAAGGGGAUAUCAUGGAUCACAGUACGCUACGUGAUUGCAGAAGUACAAUAUGGAGGCCGAGUCACAGAUGACUUUGAUAAGCGUCUUUUUAAUUGCUUUGCAAGAGUAUGGUUUAAUGAAAAGAUGUUUGACAGCACUUUCUGUUUUCACACUGGAUAUAAAAUUCCAGUGGGCAAAACCCUGGGACAGUAUUUUGAAUACAUCCACUCACUCCCUGCCAUGGACAGCCCAAAGGUCUUUGGUCUCCAUCCUAAUGCUGAUAUUACAUACCAAAGUAAUACAGCAGCUGAUGUUCUAGAUACUAUUACCAACAUUCAGCCUAAAGAAAGUGGUGCAGGACCUGGAGAAACUCGUGAAGAAAUUGUUUAUCGUUUAGCUGAAGACAUGCUAGAGAAACUUCCUUCAGAUUACAUACCCCAUGAGGUAAAAGAUCAUUUAAAUAAAAUGGGACACCUUAAUUCUAUGAAUAUUUUUCUUCAGCAAGAAAUUGACCGAAUGCAGAAGGUGAUCACAACACUCCACAACAGUUUGAAUGAUCUUAAAUUAGCCAUAGAAGGAACUAUUGUUAUGAGUGAGAAUCUGAGAGAUGCACUUGAUAAUAUGUAUAAUGCUAGAAUUCCUCAAGUAUGGAAAAGAGUAUCUUGGGAUUCUUCAACACUUGGCUUCUGGUUCACUGAACUUUUGGAAAGAAAUCACCAGUUCUCCACUUGGAUAUAUGAAGGAAGACCAAACGUGUUUUGGAUGACCGGAUUCUUUAAUUCGCAAGGAUUCCUGACAGCAAUGAGAAAAGAAGCAACUCAAGCAUAUAAAGGCUGGGCUUUAGAUACAGUUACAAUAUAUAACGAAGGGUUAAAGCAAAAAAAAGAAGAAAUCACAGCAUCUCCUUCUGAAGGAGUAUAUAUCUAUGGGCUAUACUUGGAAGGUGCAGGCUGGGACAGACGAAACAGCAAACUUAUUGAAUGCACACCAAAGAUUCUUUAUGUCCAGCUGCCUGUGGUGCAUAUAUUUGCUGUUAAUACAACCAGUCCUAAGGAUCCCAAGCUCUAUGUUUGUCCUCUCUACAAGAAGUCCAAGAGGGCAGAUCUGAACUACAUUACAGUGAUGUAUCUAAGGACAGUAGUGUCUCCAGACCACUGGAUAUUGAGAGGAGUGGCUCUCCCGUGUGACAUCAAGUAA